CCGAUGGUCUGGCUUUGUGCUGCCCCCCCUGGGCACGGAGGAUGAGGACGUGGCGAGAGAGAGAGACCGUGUGAAGAGCGGUAGAGCUGUGGGAGACAUUCUCAUCCUCAAAGACCUUAGCAAGGUAUACAAGGCAGGCAGGAAGCCAGCAGUGAAUCGGCUUUGCUUGGGCAUUCCUCGGGGAGAGUGUUUUGGUCUUCUUGGUGUUAACGGGGCUGGGAAAACCUCAACCUUCCGCAUGCUAACAGGAGACACUUGCAUCACUUACGGAGAAGCAUUUCUUAGCAACCACAGCGUUCUUACAGAAAUGGAGAAAGUUCAUCAGCUGAUGGGCUACUGUCCUCAGUUUGAUGCCAUCAGUGACCUGCUGACGGGACGAGAGCAUCUAGAGUUCUAUGCUCGCCUCAGAGGAGUGCCAGAAGCUCAUGUUGCAAAG